CAAAACAAAAGAGAAGAAGCAACAAGCUUAACUAAACCCAGAUUCCUCAAGAAAUUUUAAAAAAGAAAAAAGAUAUGGAAAGUGAAUAACAGCCUUGACAUCCUCAACCCAACAACACAUGUGUUACAGAGGGAUCCCAGUUGGACUUGGCAUCUCCACUUAAUUUCUCUUCCAAACAAAAAUCACCAUGGAAAGGUUUCCACCUCCUCCCACUUUCCUUUUCCGGGAAAAAAAAGGCCCACUCACUCAACUUUCCUAACAUAUUAUAAUUAUCAGAAAACUAACUACAACAGUAAAGCCAUAUUCUUUUCUUUUUGUUUCUCCUAGUCCUCUCUCUUUCCUUCCUAAUUCCUUCACCAACUCUCUCCCUCUGUUUCUCUCAACUCUAUCUCUCUCUGUCCUUCUAUUGUCUACCAUGGCAACUCUUCAGGACAUAGGAGUCUCAGCUCUCAUUAACAUUCUUGGUGCUUUUGCAUUCUUGCUAGCUUUUGCUCUCCUCAGAAUCCAACCCAUCAAUGACAGAGUUUACUUUCCAAAGUGGUACAUUAGUGGAGGAAGGAGCAGCCCAAGAAGGGCUGGUAACUUUGUGGGCAAAUUUGUCAACCUCAAUGUCAAGACUUACUUUACUUUCUUAAGUUGGAUGCCUCAAGCCUUGAAGAUGACCGAAGCAGAGAUUAUCAAUCAUGCUGGUCUUGACUCUGCUGUUUUUUUGAGGAUUUACACUCUCGGCUUGAAGAUUUUUGUGCCAAUUACAAUUCUUGCGCUCUUAAUUCUCAUUCCAGUGAAUGUAUCUAGCGGAACACUAUUCUUCUUAAGGAAAGAAUUGGUUAUGAGUGACAUUGACAAGCUUUCGAUAUCAAAUGUUCGUCCUCAAUCCAUAAGGUUUUUUAUCCACAUAGCAUUGGAAUAUGCAUUCACUGUAUGGAUUUGCUUCAUGCUCUACAAAGAAUACGAUCAUAUAGCAUCGAUGAGAUUGCGCUUCUUGGCUUCAAAAAGAAGACAUGCUGAACAGUUCACUGUAGUGGUCAGGAAUGUUCCACAUGUUUCUGGCCGGUCAGUAUUAGACACAGUGGAACAAUUUUUUCAAACAAACCAUCCAGAUACUUAUCUUUGUCAGCAGGCCGUCUAUAAUGCAAACAAAUUUGCAAAGCUUGUGAGAAAAAGAGAUAGACUUCAAAAUUGGCUCGAUUACAACCAGCUUAAAUUUGAAAGACAUCCAGACAAGAGGCCCACUCGAAAGAAAGGUUUUCUAGGACUUUGGGGUGAAAGAGUUGAUUCUAUUGAACACUACAAACAACAAAUGAAGCACUUGGAGAAAAACAUGGCAUCGGAACGCCAAACAAUUCUCAAAGACUCGAAAUCUAUAUUGCCAGUAUCUUUUGUUUCUUUUAAUUCGCGUUGGGGGGCUGCUGUUUGUGCACAAACACAACAGAGCAAGAAUCCGACUUUAUGGUUGACAAAUUGGGCCCCAGAACCUCGUGAUAUUUAUUGGCGUAAUCUGGCUAUACCGUUCAUGUCAUUGACAGUCCGAAAGCUUAUAAUAUCUGUGACAGUUUUUGCCUUGGUGUUUUUCUACAUGAUACCCAUAGCUUUUGUGCAAUCCCUUGCAAACUUAGAGGGUCUCGAGAAAGUAGCUCCUUUCCUCAGGCCAGUCAUAGAAUUGAAAUUCAUCAAGUCAUUCCUACAAGGUUUCCUUCCUGGUCUAGCACUUAAAAUCUUUUUGUACAUUCUACCAACAGUUUUGAUGAUAAUGUCGAAAAUCGAGGGAUAUAUUGCACAUUCAACUCUGGAGCGAAGAGCAGCAGCAAAGUAUUAUUACUUUAUGUUAGUGAACGUAUUCUUGGGAAGCAUAAUUGCUGGAACGGCUUUUGAGCAGCUGGAUGCUUUUCUUCACCAAUCACCAACCCAGAUUCCUAGGACUAUUGGGGUUUCCAUACCAAUGAAGGCUACCUUUUUCAUUACAUAUAUUAUGGUUGAUGGAUGGGCUGGUAUUGCUGGAGAGAUUCUCAGAUUGAAGCCAUUGAUCAUAUUUCAUCUUAAGAAUAUGUUUUUGGUAAAGACUGAAAGAGACAUAGAAAGGGCCAUGGACCCUGGUAGUGUAGAUUUCCCAGAGACUCUCCCAAGCCUCCAACUAUACUUUCUUUUGGGAAUCGUGUAUGCAGUGGUUACUCCAAUACUGCUUCCUUUUGUUCUAGUAUUCUUUGCUUUUGCAUACUUGGUUUACCGUCAUCAGAUAGUUAAUGUCUACCAUCAACAAUACGAGAGUGCUGCUGCAUUUUGGCCCCAUGUUCACAGCCGUAUAAUUGCAAGCUUAUUGAUAUCUCAACUCUUACUUUUGGGCUUGCUCAGCACAAAAAAGGCUGCUAAUUCCACUCCUUUGUUAGUUAUCUUGCCCAUAUUGACAUUAUCCUUCCACAAGUAUUGCAAGAUUCGCUUUGAGCCUGCAUUUAGGAAGUACCCUCUUGAGGAAGCCAUGGCGAAAGAUAUAACAGACCGUACUGCAGAAUCUGAUUUGAACUUGAAAGCAUAUUUGGCUGAUGCAUAUUUGCACCCAAUUUUCCGUUCAUUUGAAGAACCAUUGGUCGAGGUCAAGGUAGAAAAAAACAAACCACAAACUGCUAGUGAUCGAAUCAGUGAACUCAGCUCCCCUUCUUCCCCACCACAUCAAGUCAAUCAUCCUUCUUCCCCGCCACAUUAUGUCUAUCAUCCUUCUUCUCCACCUCAGCAUGUCUAUGACCCUUCCUCUCCAUCCCAUUAUGCGUAUCAUUACGAAAAUGAUAUCUUUCAUGCCCCCACCCCACCCCAUUAUGCCUAUCAUUACGAAAAUGAGCCUUGAUAUUAUGGAGCUACUAAUCUACAAGAUCGAUUGCUAACCAUUUUUUGUUUUUGUUUUUAAAUUCGCAAUUUCGGCUGCUCAUUUAGAUUGUGUAGCUUUUUUUCCUGAUUGUAAUUAUUGGUUUGUCGAUGUAUUUGACUUUGAGAAAUUUCAUAGGCAUCCUAAACUUCGUUUCUUACUUUUUUA